AUGCCUAUUAUGUCGGGGUCUAUGCUCGGCGAUCGCUAUGAGAUCAUUUCCAGGCUGGGCGUCGGAUCCUUCGGUGUAGUGUAUAAAGUAAAAAGGCUUUCUGAUGAGAGAAUUGUAGCGGUCAAAGAGGUUCGUUUAGAAUCCUUCGCCAGUAAUAAGCCUAGUGUGGAAGGUGAGUUCUCCAUUUUCCCGCACCUCACCCACCCUCAUAUUGCUACGUACUAUUUGCAAACGUAUGAUGCAACAACGAACUGCUAUCUAAUAGAAAUGGAGUGCUAUGAUAGAGGCAAUUUAAAGGCAUACAUUCAGGAGUACAGGCGUAACAAGAUAGAUAUCCCCGAGGAGGAAAUCUGGAGGUUUUCAUCCGAGAUCCUUUUGGCUCUGGAUUAUCUCCACACCGAUGAUCAUCAAAAUAAGACUAAAGGUGUUAUCAUUCAUAGGGAUAUCAAGCCAGAAAACAUACUUCUUACACAAGAUAACCACGUAAAGCUAUGUGAUUUUGGAGCCUCUCGUCUUCUGAAACCCUCCGCGAUGGCAGACUCUGUCGUGGGCUCUCCAUUAUUUAUGGCCCCAGAGGUUGCAUAUCAUAAGGGUUAUCGCGAACCAGUUGACAUCUGGUCUCUUGGCUGCGUCAUAGUUAAUAUGUGCACGCGGAUGGCGCCCCAAGUAAUUAGGAAUAAAUCCUAUGAUCAGCUCCUUGACGUACGCCCUAAUAUUCCAGAGAUAUACUCACGGGACCUUGCUGAUUUUAUUGCCUCUUGUCUCAAGAUAGAUCCGUCCCAUCGGAUAACCGUGCCACAGGCUUUGAGGCAUCCCCGUAUCAUAACUCAUUUACACAAGGAUAGCCUCAUUGCCUCUCUCGUACCCCAUAACGACAAAGGUGAUACAAUUAAGGCACAUCCAUCACUCCCAGACACCACACGAUCGACCUCCGGUAUCAGAAGUCAACGAUAUUCUCAGGUAUGCAACGGGUCUUCUGUAAAGAGUACUUUGGGUACAAUUUCUGUCUGUUCCUUUGAGGCUGAUGUGCGGCCACUUAGCGUGUCUGGAUUCUUAGUUAAUACAUCCGCUCUACCCAGUGAAAGUACUGCUCCUCCACGCAGCAACACAUCCACAGCACCUCCUCGUAUACGUAGAUACUUGGAGGAUUCUGAGCUUAGCCGCUCCUCCGUCUCUAGGGCCCCUUACCAAAGCACUCAUUACACACCUAUAAAGCUCGCUACAAGCGCAGAGUACAACAGCUUUGCUGCCACUUUGAAGGACGGGACGACAGGUCUUAUGUUGGCAGCUAUGGCUAACGAUAUUGAUGCUUUUCAUGACCUCUUACCCAUCCAAGCAAGAAUGCAGGACAAGCGAGGAAGAACAGCCUUAAUGCGAGCUGCAGAAUACGGUCAUAUAGAUGCCAUUGUAAUUCUCUCUCCAUUGGAAAGUAGGCAGACUGAUGUCGAUGCUCAUACAGCACUAAUGUACUCGGCAAAAUUUGGCAAAGUGCAUUGCAUCAGUUUGCUCCUCCAAGCAGAGGGAAGAUGCAGAAAGCGAAACGGGUGGACAGCAUUAAUGACCGCUAUAGAAACAGGGAAUUUGGAGAUUGUUUCACUGCUUAAACCAAAGGAAGAAGAUAUUUCCAUGAUGGACGGCACAACCCCACUUAUGGUUGCGGCCAAGGUGGGGAACGUCGCAUGUCUUCAGAUGCUCAUUGACGCAGGAGCCGGAAAGGUAGACGAAUCUGGCUUCUUUGCGCUACUUUGGGCCAUCGUCUGCAAUAAUCCACCAUGCGUUUCUUUUCUCCUUCCUUAUGAGCUACACAUGGCAGACAAAAACGGUAAAACAGCCUAUCAAUGGGCAAAAGACAAGAAAAAGAAGGAAUGCCUUAUACUUAUCGAAGAAUAUUGCAGGGCCAAAGGAGUGAAUUUGCAGUAUUAG